AUGCUGGCGUCCAUCAAUUUCUGGUGCCGCUGCUUUGUUCAUCAACUGUGCGAUUUCGUUCGCUGCCUUCAUCAACCUCUAUUAUCGGAUUUCAAAGCUUCGAAGACGUCCUCUGCUUCGUGGUUUCAAACAUUUGAUCUCACUUCGACGACGUCGGUGAUGAGGACUCAGGUGUGGAACUAUUUUAUGGAUGCAUGUUUACUAGACUUGGAUAGCUCAAAAGUGUAUGGACUGAGUUUGGUUUUGAAACGAUCUAAAUAUAGUGCAGGUACUAAUUCAGGCGUGGACAUGGAGCUGGUUCAUGGGCAGUUGUUUGUAAGCUGUUUGGGUAUUGCACUAUGGACAAGUUUUGCAAGGCUGUUUUGA